AUGGUGCUGCCAUCUACUAAGCCGACAAAGUCGUACUGGAUCGAGGCCGCCGAGUCUCAAUUGCGCAACUUUCGUUCGAGCGAGCAACUGCCUGCCGAGACGGACAUUGCCAUCAUUGGUAGUGGGUACGCGGGUGCAUCGACGGCCUAUUGGAUCCACAAGUAUACGGAGAAGACUGCACGCCAGCCAAAGGUGACGAUUCUAGAGGCCCGCGAUGUGUGUGGCGGUGCGACGGGGCGUAAUGGGGGCCAGCUGCGCCCACAUGCAUACUCUCGCUAUCCCAUCUGGCGCGAGCGCUUUGGGCCCAACGGCGCAAUGGCCCUCAUCAAGCACGAGAUGGCCCAUCUCGCUGCAUUCAAGGAGCUGGCGCAGGAAGAAGGCAUCACGGCCGAGAUAUGCCUGCAGUACUGCGAGACGUUUGACGCCGCCAUGACCGACGAGGCGUGGGCCCGGCUGUCCAAAGCACUCCACGAGCUCCGUGCCGACCACGGUGAUGACGACGAAGUCGCUCAAGUGUGCAGAGUGAUUGAGGAUGCUGCACAGGCCGAAGAGUUUACGCAGAUGAAGGGAGCCAUGGCGGCCAUAGUGCAUCCGUCGGCAUCCAUAUGGCCGUACAAAUUCGUGCACGCCCUGCUGCGCAUCCUGCUCGAGACAGGCAAUGUGCAGCUGCAUGCCAACACGCCCGUGACGGCAGUGUCUGAGCGCAGUGCCGAUGGCUGGAUCAACGUGACGACGGAGAGAGGAAGCAUGCGCGCUCGCACAGUCAUUCACACGACCAACCGAUGGGCGUCGCAUUUGCUGCCCGAAUUCACCAAGCUCAUCUUGCCCCAGGUGUGUACUGUAGCGGCCGUCAAAGCCCCCGAGGGCUUCAUCAAGCAUACUGGUGCUCAGCACUGGGACAACUGUGUCAACAACUACCAUCUCCAACUUCCACCACCAUACAACACCAUCAUCGUCGGCGGCGCACGCCAGGUCCGCGUGCACCACCCCGAGCUAAGCCUCUUUAGCAACAAUGAGGAAAUCCAGAUUCCCGGCGUGCCCGAUUUUUACAAGACGUGGGCAGCGUCAGACGUCAAGGACUGGCCGGGACCCAGCGUCGCAGAGUUGGGCAAGCAAGACAACGAGGGUGGCGUUUGGACUGGACUCCACGAUACCGGCCCAGACGGCUUUCCCUUUGUUGGACCCCUGCCAUCUCACCCCGGCCAAUUCAUCAAUGCUGGAUUCAACGGACACGGCAUGCCCCGGAUUCUUUUGUCGUCGGCACACAUAGCGCCCCUCGCACUCGACGCCAUAGGUUUCGUGUUCCGCCAACCACGCCUGGCUGCGUCAUAUCCGAAUCUGCCAGAGCCGUUCCGCGUGACGCCAGAGCGCGUUGCAAAGCUCCAGGGUGCAGACAUAGAGGCCAUGUUCACUGCCUACCGGGAACAGUGCGAGACCAGUGCGAAGAAGCCCUUUUGUAAUAUAGACAGAGUCAAGGUAGCUAAAGCUGGACCGAAUCUAUAA